UAAAGGCCCAAAAAAAAUCUACAACAAGCGUUACUUGGCCCAUAAAGAUCCCGUUUUAUUUUUAAACAAAUGGAAAAUAGCCCAGCCCAAGAAGCCCAUUUUCAAACCAAAACCCCCAGCGACUACUCAAUUGGUGGGGUUUUGAUUGAGACUACGAGCUUCUGCUUCUUCUAUUCAGCAGCCUUAAACCCUAAACCCUCAGAGUCAGAGCCAGCCAUCCAUGGCACUCCUCGGAAAUCUCCCCCACAAACCACUAAAUUCCCAAUAUAUCCUUACCGUCGCCGCCCGAUUCUUCACAACCCAAAGCCCCAAUUUCAACACUUUCCCCGAUAUCCCCACCUCAGCCUACUACGAUGACGAGGUCAAUGCCGCUGGCCGUUCCAGAGACUUCGACGGCCUCUGCCACCUCCUCAACAAGCGCGUGAAGGACCACUGCUGCAACACCACCAACACCUUCAAGUUCAUCACCAGCACCGACGCCUCCCUCUCCCUACUCGAUGAUCUCUGUCGAACUCUGGCUCGUCUCGACAAUGGCUUCGCCCGAAAGAGCGCGUACGACUCGCUCAUCGCGCGGCUCUGUAAGCUGCAGAGGGUCGACGAGGCGCUGCGCGUGGUGGAAAUGAUGGCGCGUGGAAACUACGGCCUGAACGCGUGUAGCUUUCACCCCCUACUCAAUGUGGUUACCAGGAAGAAGAGGAUGGAGGAAGCGUGGGGCGUGGUGGAUCUGAUGAGGAGGCUUGGGGCUCCGCCGGAUCUGACGGCGUACAAUUAUCUACUGAUGGCGUAUUGUUUCUCCGGAGAAUUGGAUCCGACGGCUGCAGUGCUUAAGAGGAUUGAGGAGGAGGGGAUGAGGGCGGACACGCGUACGUACGACGCGCUGGUGCUGGGCGCGUGCAAGGCGGGGAAGGUGGAGGGGGCUCUGGUGCUGCUGAGGAGGAUGGUGGACGAUGGAGUGCCGAUGCAGCUUUCGACACACGUGUACGUGAUUGAUUCGCUACUGAGCGCGGGCUUUUACGAUCAGGCGGUGAAGUUUGUGAGGAGCUUUAGCGGGAGGGACACGUGGCUGGACAAGGAGAAUUUCGGGAGCUUGGCGAAUCGACUCAUCAAGUUGAAGAGGUUUGACAAGGCAAAACAGGUCUUGGACGAAAUGAAAUCCAGGGGUUUAGAUAUAGGCGAUAAAUUGAAGGAGAAAUAUGAGAUUAUUUAUUGUUAAUCAAAUAAUUUAUUUUCUCAAUUAAUUAGUGUUAACAGGCGUUUUCCACAGUAAACCGGAGACUAAACAAAUGCUGACAGUAAAACCGAGCUAAAACCAUCGACAACGUCGUACAUGGUUAAAUUAAAGCGGUCAAUGGUAUGGUAGUCCGUCCAACCCCCAUAGAGGAGCUGACGUCACCGCCGGUACAAUGGACGGCCAGAUUUCCAUUUCCUUCUCAGUCCGAUUUUUUCCUCAUCUUUCGAUCGACACCCAACCCAUCAUUAUUACCCACACCAAAAAAAUCCCGCUGUUUCUCUCUUUCUCCGCCACCGCCCCGAACCGAACCCGAAACCGUUCAUGCAUCGCCCGACCCGGACCCGCGCCCCCGGUGGCCGGGAUGACUGUUGGAGCGAGGGCGCCACAUCGACGCUAAUCACGGCGUGGGGCGACCGUUACCUCCAGCUGAACCGCGGCAAUCUCCGUCAGAAUGACUGGAAGGAGGUGGCGGACGCCGUUAACUCUGGACUAAACGGCGGCGUCAAGGCGUCCAAGACGGACGUCCAGUGCAAAAACCGCAUCGACACCCUGAAGAAAAAGUACAAACUGGAAAAGUCUAAGCCUAGCCCUUCCACGUGGCCCUUCUACCACCGCCUCCACUCCCUCAUCGGCUCUUCGCCGGACUCCGCCGUUUCGACCAAAAGAAAGCCCUCAAUUCCCACUCUCACUGUCAAAUCCCCAGACCUUAAGCCUAAGCCACCGGGUGGGUCCACGGAGAGCUCAAUUGGAUGUGAAGAUGGUGAGGAUUGUAAUGAUGAUGGUGUAAGGAAGCGUCGGAUGGAGGCGGUGGGAUUAUCGGGUGGAGCGGCGUGCAGGGAAUUGGCGGGUGCAAUAUUGAAAUUUGGGGAAUUAUACGAGCGGAUGGAGAAUUUGAAACAGGAGCAGAUGAUGGAGCUGGAGAAACAGAGGAUGGAGUUCACAAAAGAACUCGAAUUCCAGAGGUUGAAUAUGUUCAAGGAUGCUCAGGUCGAGCUGGAGAAGAUGAAGCGCCCCAAGUACACU